AUGACUGAUAUAGUUAAGAAUACUACACCCUUUCCGUCAAUUGAUAAGAAUUAUAAAAAUAUAAAGAAAAUAAACGUUGGUACUAAUGGUAGAAAAAGAUCAAAUUCUCAACUGCAAGUUAUAAAUCUACCUACAAAACCAAAAAACAAUAAUAAACAACCAACAACUAGUGGUUUAAGUAAUAGAAGAGCACAAGUUUCAUUUUAUGUCACUUUAUUACCUUUAAAUGACACAUUCAAAACCAAAAAUUUAUUAGUUGCUAAUUUUCCAGAAACUACUAAACUUGGACGACCAACAGGUACAAAACAUAAACCAGAAACAAAUAAUGGAUAUUUUGAUAGUAGAGUAUUAAGUAGAAAUCAUGCACAGAUAUAUAUAUCAGAAGGUAAAUUAUAUUUACAAGAUUUAGGUAGUUCAAAUGGUACUUAUUUAAACGAUGUUAGAUUAGGUAAUGAUCCAGUGGAAGUUAAAUUGAAUGAUAUAAUAUGUUUAGGAUUUAAUGUUCAAGCUGAAAGUACACAUAAACAAAUUAGUCUAAAGAUAGACAACAUAAAUCUCGUAAAUACUAAUGAAAAAUUUAAUGAGGAGUGUAAUGGUCAUAUUGGAUAUAUUGAAAAACUUAUAUCACAAGUGAAUAAUAGUGAAGAGGAUACAUUAGUUGAUUUAUCUUUUGAAAAUGCUGUUUUUGGAGAUGUUAAUGAUGAAAUGGAUGAUGUUUUAUUAGGAUUAUAUGGUAAUAAUAUGGGAAUUUAUAAUAAUUCAAACAUUGUGAAUACUUCAACUUUGGAAAAUGUACUCAACUUGCUCAUUUUAAACUUAACUAAGGUUAAACAACAAUCAAGUACAAUCAACAACCUUAAUACCUUUUUUAAAAACUACAGCACCAACUUGGACUCAUUAAAUAAGGAAUAUUUAGAUAAUCAAUUUGAUAAAGAAUUAAAAACAAUAAAAGCUAAACUAGAAACUGAAAAAUCAGAUAGAGAGAAAUUGAAAUCACAAUUAAAAACACUCAAAGAAGAAAAUGUAAACAAAUUUAAUCUCAUAAAUGAUAAAUUAAAAUCAUCAGAAUCCGAAAAAUCAAGCUUAAACAGUUACAUAAACGAACUAAAACUAAAAAAUUUAAACAUAGAGGAAAAGAACAAAAACAAUAUCAACAUAAUCAAGAAUUUAGAAGCUGAAAAAGAGAAAUUAGUUUCAGAAUUAGCCAAAAUGAGUGAAUUAGCAGAUGAAUUAGCUUUUAAAAGUGCAAUACAAGAACAACAAGGUACGGUUGAUCAAGAAGAAGAUAUAUCCGAUGCAAUAAAUGGAUUUAUAAUGGAUCUAUCACGUACUCCAUCAGUAAGAGAUAAUUUGAAAAAUUUAGAAAAUAAUAUAAUUCCAAAAGAUACAACUAUUGAAUUAACUCCACCUUCAUCAGAUGAUGAAAGUGAAUCAAAUGAAGAAUUACCAGAACAACAACCACAAGUCGAACAACCACAAACUCCAGUGUCAUCAUCAAUUAUACUUCCUCAAAAAGAAGUGGAACCGUUUCCUAAAAAGAUAGAUAAUACAACCACAACCAAAGAAUCUACUGAUAAACAAAUGGUUUCAACUGUAAUUAUAGCUGUUUCUGCAAUGUUGAUAGGUUUUUAUUUACAAAAACUAGUAAAUUAA